ACAGAUGGAUUUGGAUCACACUUUGAACGGAGGAGAAGAUGUGGUCCUCAAGAUGGAUCCCGAGGUCCCCUCUGACCAGAAGCUUCGUCGUGCUCUGAACUUAAACCACUAUGCGACGAAGAAAAGCGCCGCCCAGAGCAUGCUGGACGUGGCUCUGCUAAUGGCCAACUCGUCCCAACUGAAGACGGUGUUGUACGUGGGGCCGCAGUAUCGCUUCUACACCCCCCUCAUCGUCCUCCUGUCCCUGUCCAUCACUCUACAGGUGCUCGUCGGACUGCUGCUCGUCUUCAUCGCGAAGUACGACCUGAAUGACGCGAGGAAACACGCCAAACUCAACCGAAUGAACAACGUGGCCACAGUGUUUGUCUUCUUCACUGUCCUCAUCAACAUCUUCAUCACAGCCCUGGGCUUUGAAGACCACGCUGUCAGGUCUCUAGUCCCAGGCCACACUCUGGCUGCUGUUUCUCCUGAUCUCAACUUCACUGGAUAAUAAGAUUUUAUUAUAUUUGUUUUGUUUUAAAUGGACUUCAGGGAAAGUUUGGUUGUUUAAGCUUCAAUCCAUUUCAGCCAAUACUAUUUCAUGUUCUCCAUCAACGCAGACU